CUCUCUCUCUCUCUCUCUCUCUCUACGGUCUCCAUAUAUAUCACAUUGAUCACUCUCAAAGAAUUUUGUACUGUACUCCAAGAACAAAUUUCUAUCAUUAAGAGCUUCAAAUCUGAGACUUAGAGAGAGAUGAUGAAGAGUGGAGUAAUUGUUAAAGAAGGGUUCGUAUUCAAGGACGAAACCCACUUUACGGUUUCAAAAACCUCUCUUUUCUACGCCGGCGACGGCUACACAGCUUACGACUGCAGAGGUGAACUCAUCUUCCGAGUCGACUCAUAUGGCCCAGAUGCUCGUGAGACAGGUGAACUCGUUCUCAUGGACGCCUCCGGCAAAUGCCUUCUCACUGUCCGCCGUAAGAGGCCGAGUCUCCAUCACAGGUGGGAAGGCUUCAUAGGGGAGAGAAUUGAUGGACAGAAGCCAAUCUUCAGCGUUCGCAGAUCAUCUAUAAUCGGACGGUUCAGUGUGACAGUGGAGCUGUACACCAAUACAGGUGAGGAGUACCAGAUUGAAGGCUCCUUUGCCAACAGACAUUGCACUAUUUUUAAUGCGGAAAAGGAGAUAGUGGCUGAGAUUAGACGUAAAGUGGAUGCCUCCACCAAUGUCGUGUUGGGAAAAGACGUUUUCUUAAUUUCACUAAAACCGGGUUUUGAUGGGGCCUUUGGUAUGGGGCUAGUGCUGGUUCUUGAUCAGCUUAAUGGUGAUGAUUUAGCUGAUGAAAAUCCCACCAACGAGGAUGUAACUUUUUCUUCUUAAUUUUGUAAUUUUAUUAAAUUCUAGGAUUUUGUAAUAAAUAAAAAAGUUGAUGUCGUAGAAACAUCAACUGUACAGACAG